CUAUCCACUGUGGAUGGCAGCGAUGGCCAGCUUGUUGUCCUGCUGCAUGCACACUAUGAGCGGGCCCCCGACGCUGCUACAUUGCUCAGGCACAGCAGACUCCAGCAGGCUGCGUGUGUCGGCAUCCAGGCCGAGCAGCUGCAAGAACACCGCCCUGCACCUGAGCUGCAGCAGCGAUCUCAUACUCGAACAGGCGAACUCGACAAACUCGGAGACGCCGGCGGGAACUGAGGGAUUGGACACGCAGACAGACAGACAGACAGACAGACAGGCAGACAUUCACAUACAGGUCUCUCAGUGGGUCUGUCUACUCACCCUCCCACAUACCCACCCACCCACCCACCUGUGAGAUCGACACCCAGUGUUGUGAUGUGUGGGAAUUCAUCUGCAUGGUCCCCUAUGCUGAUGACAUCCCCGCUGCCCAACCCCCGGAUAGCAAUCGCAGUCACCAUGUCAAACUCCCGCUCCCACCCGAUCGCCUUGAUGGCCUCCACCGCCCACUCCUCGGUCAUGUCACUGGUGUUGAGUCGCCGCAAGUUGGGCAUCUUGCUGGCCAGCUGGAUGCCGGCCGCCAAUGCCGUGUGCUUGUCGAGUGACAAGAACGACGCCUGCGGCAUGGGCUGGAUCUGUUCGAUGAGGGCGGGUGCAGGGUUGGUGGGGGCGGGCUGUGCAGGCUGGUCGCCACCGAGCACAGUCACACUCGUGGCCUUGUUGAAUGCAAGGCCUCUGGCCAUGUCGAGCAUCGCAGGCGUGACCGGGGUGGCGAGGUGGAACUCAACGUCCACGAGCACCCGAGCCGCCUGGUCGGCCAGCUGGCGCAGGACAGUCUCGAGGAUGAGAGAGGGGGCAGCGGGGAAGAGGGGGCAGUACAGGACGCUCAGGUGAAAUCGCGGAGCAGCACUGGUGAAGCUGAUGGGGACGUCUCCGAUGCACACCGCACUGGCGAAUGACUGGAGGGCCACGGCUAUGUCGAACACCCCUGGGCCCACAAUCGACUCGUCGACGAAGUUGACCUUCAGCGACCUGAGGGAACGACGACAGCCUCGUGCCACGAGGGUCGACCCCAGCUCCUAAGAAAGGAAAACAGACAGGAACAUAGUAAGCAUCAUUGCAUCUGUCGUCCAUUGCGUGUUAGCAGCCUGCUGACCUGCAACCGUGUGCACCAUACUGUCAAUACCUCUGGAUCCAUCAGGUCGCCGGGGACCUCAAUCGUCCCGAUAUCCUCCAAGUUCGCCAGUGGCCCCGGCUGUCCCUCCUCUGCUGCGACAGGCACCUCCUCCAGCACCUCGGCCUUCUGGUCGACCGUCGAGGGCACGUCGAACACCCUCAGGCACCGCGACGAGCCGACGAGUGGUCCCAGUGUGUCGAUGUGCUCGUGCGCCUGCACCCGCUCCAGCGACGGGGCGCGCCAGCCGCGGUUUCCGAUGCCGCGAUGGUGGGCAGUGAGGCCGCUAAUGGAUGUGAGGGCGGGGAGGGAGGGGGGCGGGGCACACACAGGGGGUAGGGUGGGGUUUUUUGAUCCGCCCGACGGACAGCAUAUCGACCUCGCUGAGCUCAGCCGCCUCAAAUGUGAUUGCCGUGAGUGAGCCGUCAGGGAUGUCGGCCGCCUCUCCCCGCCUCUCUGCCUCUCCCCUCUUCUCUGCGACCAUCGCUGUGCGGCCCUCUGUGUGGCCUUCGAUGAGCGCCGUGAUGACGUUCAGACACCAGGCCCCCCCGCCAGCCGGGUGACAGCACCAGAUGCGGGUGAGUUUGGGCAUGCGGCCGCCCCACGUCUUGGCCACGUUGACGGGCAUCGUCUGCCAGAAGGCCCUGUCGGCGGCCCUGGAGGAGUCGAUGUCGAGCUGGCGGCACUGAGCCCCGGCCCCCAUGGCGAUGCUGUUGUUGAAGAGCGGCCACACGCCAUAGCCCGAGAUGUGAAUGAGAUCCUCACACGACAAACGCCUCCCAGCCUACAACAGCAAGAAGAUCCAGGAUUGUCGAAUGCAUCAAAUUUGGCCUGCUGCCGGUCUUACCGGUCCUUCAUUGAUUGGUCGUCGUCCCGACUGAUGGACCAAACGAAACGACGUGCCUGUGGCGCUACUCAU